ACUAUAACCUAAGUUAUUUAGAGCGAUUUCUUUAUGGUUUUCUCUUUCUCACUGGGCAUGGGGUUUUCUUUUAAGACAUGUUAAGAACCAGAUUUUAAGCAAAUAUUUAGUUUAAAGGCUAUAAUAUUGUGAAUAACGAAAAAUAAGUUAUUAAAAAUUUUGAUUUAAUUAAGAUGAGCGAUGAAAGUGACUAUCAUUACGACGAGGAGAUUGACGCUGAUAAUCAUGAAAAGAUUGUGGAAAAUAUCAUUAGUCUUAAUAAAAUUAAACGUUUAAAAAAGCCAGCUCGAACAGAACCAACAUCCCGUAUAUCUGAAUUCGAUUUGGUUAAAUCAAGUAAAUCAGGAGAUGUAGAAGUAGACAAAUUAAGUAAGGCCUUAGGCAAUAAAAGAAAACUUUCACAGAUACGCCAGAAGUUAGAAUCGACAAAGAAAAAGUCUUAUACUUUGCCGAAACCAUUAGAAAAGCCCCAGUCCGAACGAAUAAAACGUGCUGUUGCCUAUGAAAGAAACAGACUACUAUUAGAUAGAUGGGAACCAUUUGUUACUUCCAACAGAGCACAAGCCCACUUAAAAUUUCCUCUGGGAGAGGUAGAAACAUUAAGUAUGCAGGCUAAAGAAGCAGUAAAAAUGACAGAGAGGUGGACAGUCAAAUCAGAAUUAGAAAAGGAGUUAAACACACUCGAUGCAGUUGAGACAGAGGAAUACAUUAUUGAAGAUGAGAAUGAGAGUGAAUUUCCAUUAACAUUAGAAGAAUUAAAGGAAAAAAGAAAAGAAGCUGCUAAACUAAGAGCUCAUCAGAGCUUUAAAGAAGCUAAAGCACGCAGACAGAAUAAAAUUAAGAGCAAAAAGUAUCAUAGAAUUCUAAGAAAAGAGAAAAUCAAGCAAAAAUUGAAAGAAUUUGAAGAGCUGCAGAAAACAGACCCUGAAUUGGCAUUGAAAAAGUUGGAAGAAAUUGAAAAGGCAAGAGCUUUGGAAAGGUUUAAUUUAAGACAUAAAGGUACUGGACAGUGGGCUAAAAACAAACAAGUUAGAGCCAAAUAUGACAAGGAGAGCCGACAAGUAUUAGCAGAGCAACUGAAGAUCAGUCGUGACUUGACACAAGAAGCCAAGAGAGUAGAACUGGAUUCUGAUGAUGAAGUUACCGAGAGUAAUACUUCUACAGCAAAUUUAAAUGCGGUUAAUAUUAAUAAUCCAUGGCUAAGUAAGGCGCAGUCCAGUAAGGAGAUGGUUGAUUUUGUUAGUGGCUACAGAAAGUUUUGGAUGGAAAAGAAUGCAAAUGAUUUAGCCAUAUCCAGUGAAGCACAAGCUGAAGAACAAAGCCAAACUCUGAUUGAACCAAUAAAAGUUGAUGAAAACAAGGAUGUAGAAUUAGAAAGAAAUAAUCAGGGGAAAAGGACAAUAAACAAAACGAAAAUUAAUCCAAAAAAAGUUGUAAAAGUAAAUCAAUUUUCUGAAGAAAAUAAAUCUGUUCAAGUCGAAAAAGACACUAAGGUUACCAAAAGAAAAACAACAGGACAAGAACAACAAAAGAAAAAGUUAAUGAAAAGUGUAACAAAUCUGAGUAAUUCUUCAGGAGAAUGGAACAUUGAUGAAUUGUUUGAAAAAGCCGAACAUACAAUUUUGAAGAAAAUUAAAUCUAAAACUGUACAAAAUCCGAAUAAAACAAAACAGACUAGCAAGAAGUUAGGCAAUAAAAAAAGUGUAGAAGAGAAAGAUACACCUAAAAAAAAUGUAACUCUUGACAUGCCCACUCAAAAGAAACGAAUUGUUAUUGAUGAGGAAUUACAGGAAACCUUGAUUAAUCAAUCUGAAACAGGAACAAAUUCCAAUAUGGAAUCUCUUAAGAAUAUUCUUGCUAGUAAAACGACUCCACAAAAAGAUCAUUCGGUUAAUAUAGAUCCCAGUAAUUUUAUGACAGUGAAAACACCCACCCAAUUAGGAUCUACAGUUCCAGAUUUAGUUGAAGAUGAUCUUCCAGACGAGGAGAGUUACAGAAAUUUGGUGAUGGAAGCUUUUGAAGACGAUGACGUGGUGACCGAUUUUCAGAAAGAAAAACAAGAGGAAAUCGACAAAGAAAAGCCCCAAGACAUAGAUCUAAACUUGCCUGGAUGGGGCUCUUGGGCAGGCACAGGUAUCGAUCCGAAGAAGGCGCGAAAACGCAAACGGUUUAUUGUUAAAAUGCCGAAGACGUUGCCCCGAAGAGACGACAACAAGGGCUCGUUGAUAAUAAAUGAAAAGGCCGCUUCUAAGGUGAAGCAGCACCAAGUUACCGAGCUGCCCUUUCCCUUCAAGUCGGUGAAGGAUUACGAGGCGAGUAUUAGGGCUCCGAUAGGCAACACCUUCGUUCCACACACGGCCUUCAGGCGGUUCAUACGACCCGCGGUUGAGACCAAGAUGGGUACCAUCAUUGAACCCGUGUCCGACAGCAUUUUGAUGAGUAAAAAGAGGGGCUAGCUGUUAUUAUUUAUUUGUAAUUGUUAUAAUAUACAGAAUAAAAUAAUUUAUAUUAA